UGGGAUUUUCACGUGAAAUUGAGGGAUGUUGUGUGAAUGUGACCCAAAAAAUCCAUAUGAAACCGAUGAGUCAGUGAGUUUUCCAUUUUCCCCAAAUUACCCCAAUGUUGAGUGUGCGUGUACUCGUGAAAGCCUGGAAAAUUCACCAGUGAAAAGGCAAUGAGACACCAAGAAUUUUCUCAGUUUUCCUUUUGUACGCUCUCGUGAUUGUGCCGUCUUAUAGCGGAGGAUAUCAGUGAAGAAAUUUGAGAGACAAUUUUUCUCACCGCAUCUAACUUUUUCCUUUAGUUCCUCCUGAUUUUUCUUUCCUGCAAAAUUCCUUCUAAAAGAUAUUAUCUUUCUUCAUAUCAGAGUGACUUAAAAAAAGAGCUAAAAUAAAGUGGUUGCAGAAUUAUGUGACGAAGGGUGGAAAGUUGUGAAAAAUUAGGGAUUAAAUAGGGUGAGGGUGUAAAAAAAUUGGGGUUUUAUGUGAGUGCUGAGGUGUUGGAGUGAUGGAAAAAGGUAUUAUAGAACAAUGAUUGGGCAAGAAAUGACAAGGAAGCUAAUGCCCAUGGGACUGUGAAUAAAGUGUUGGAGGAAAUUUGUGUGAAAAAUCCUACGUGUGUGGCUUGGAAUAAAGUUAGCAGAAAAUACAAGCUAUGAGUGGGUGAUUUGGUGGGGUUGCAGAGAGUGUGAUGGGAAGAGUUGGUGCUUGAGAGAACUCGUCUCAGAAAAGACGUGUGUUGUGGAGAAUGCUGAGUUCAUCAUUGAAGGCUGUGGAUGAUACGGUGGAGCUGGAAGUGCUGGAGAUCCGCAGUGGCGAUGGGGGUGGUGGUGAGGCAACAACGGAGGAGGAUGACCUGCGAGCGUGUCAAUCGGCGGCGCCAAGUCGGAAGAAGAAAUUCCGCAAAAUGGGUCGUCGUAAAUCCAAGACACAGAGCUGUGGCAGCCUCUCGAGUCUCACAUCACUUCGUGGUGCUGCUGAGGAGAGUAUGAGGCACAUUUCGGAAUCGGAUGUCAAUUAUUCACCCGAACCGGGUGUUGUCAAGUUUGCUGGGCGCAUUGUGACGAGGGAUGAGCGCGAAAAGUCGGGCAAUUCGCGUAAUACACAAAGUGCCACGUCAACGCUGUCCGCUGAGCCACCGCCACCGGGACGUCUGAGGACGUCGGUGAUUUCGGUGCUGGGAAAAUUGGGUGUUAUUCGGCGCUCAAGUAAAUCAGCCCACAGUGGUGGUGAAAGACGUUCAGCACCGGAGAGACCUUCUCUGGUGUCAUCAUACUUUCGACCAUUUCUCUUUACUGGUACAUGAAUCCAAAAA